CAUAUGUUAGUUCCCAGGCUAGGGGUCAAAUUGGAGCUGCAGCUGCCGACCUACACCACAGCCACAGCAAGGUGGAAACUGAGCCAAGUCUGUGACCUACACCUCAGCUCCAGGCAACGCUGGAUCCCCGACCCACUGAGGCAGGCCAGGGAUCGAACCUAUACCUCAUGGACACUAGUCGGAUUUCUUUCCACUGCAUCACAAUGGGAACUCUGAGUCUGCUUCUUUUUAAGGAGAGGGCUGAGUGGAGCCUCCCGGACAGAGAGAGAGAAGGAAGGAGAGGGGAGAAGAGUCAUGUUGGCAGUGAGGGAUGUGGCCAGCAUGCGGGCCCCGCUUGGUCUCUGUAUUCACCCCUUGUUCAUUCCCAUCAGCUCCAGUCCAACCCCUACUUUCCACCUACCCCAAGGAUGGGCACCUUCUUCCCUGCAUGACUUGGAUAACCCCUGUUACCUGUCUAAAGUCCUCUCCUCCUCCCUAGCUCACUCUGCAGUUAGCCCACUCCCAAUUCUGUCUUGCUGGCUGUGCCGUCUGCUUGGGGUGCUCUUCACCAAGAAUCCACUGGCUUAUUCCCUCACCGUCUUCAAGUCUCUGCUUGAAUGUCAUCUUAAUGAGGUCUACUCUGAUCAUCCUAGUUACAACUCUAUUGUUUCUCACUUUUUAACAUACUCUAUGUUUUACUUAUCUUCUCCCAAUAGAAGUUAAACUCCACACCCGCAGGAAGUGUUUUGCUUUCUUCACUGAUGUGCCGAGCAUAGUCUGCCAUGUGGGAGGGGGUAAAUACUUGCUGAAUUAUUGAAUUCACUCCACCCCCACCAUAGAAAGUGAGGUAAAGGGGUGAGAGAUGGGGAGAGGGGAUAAUGGGCUCUCACAGCCCUUCUCCCUCAUAUCUGCCUAUGGGAUGUCUGCAGCCUCUUGGCAGCCAGCUGCACCCUGUCUGGUCACACUUCCGAGUCUCAAACACCGACCACCCCCAACCCCCCAGCCAAGAACUGACAGUGAGUUUGGGGUUGAAGAGGGUGGGCAGCUUCCAGCGCGUUGUUUACACCGGGGCUUUAUAGUUUAACUAAAGACACCUGGGAAAGAGGGGCUCCGCAGGAGAAACUGAGGCUGGAGAAGGGGUUGGGGCCAGAACCCAGGCAGACUCUGGAAACUCUGUUUACCUCUCAGUAAGGGCCACCCUACCUUCAGAAGCUCUACCUGCCUGCUUAGGAAGUGCUGAGGAAAGAGGGAAGUCAAUUUCUACAGCCACCACCUCCACACCCCUUCCCAAUUUACCACGCCCCUAGGCGGUGAGCAAGCUGGCGGGGGGGCCGGGGGGGGCGUGGGGUGGAGAGGAGGAAGGGUGGAAAGGUGAAGGAAAUGGCUUCGGGGCUUCCACUUUCUCAGCAGGACCCCCACCCUGGCCUCUGGAUCGGGAAAGCUGCCCAGCUGUUUCUGAUUCUUUCGUACUCGCAGCCCCGCCCGAAGGGGUCGGGGACCGAGGCAUCGGGAAGCAGGGCGAGAGUAAGCUCAGGGGAUCCCGUGCGGUAAAGGGCGGGGAGUCCGCAGGUGUGCCCCUCCGCUUCGGCCAUGGAUUCCUGGUCAACAGGCGGGAGGGUGGCGUGAGGUCGGGGGCUGUGCAUAAACGUUGUGUGUACUCGAGGGGUGCGGCGGGCAGCGGAUAGGAGUAACUGGAGGCAACGAGGCGUAGGUGAGAGAAGCCCCUACCUGAAAUUUGCUGCCCGUGGCACCCUUGUUGGCAGCGAUGGAAAGGGAGAUUCUCCCGUACUCCCCGUGGCGUAGAUUCUACCCAUUUCACAGAAGCGCGAGAACGAAGAAAGGACACGAGGAAAUGACUGCGUCCUCUGUGGCUCACUCCAGUGUCACUGUAGGUUAAAUGACAGAGGAAAAUGUCUGCAGCUCCCCUCACUCUGCACUCUUGGCCAUCACCCACGGAGGUUGGGGUUGAGGAAUGAAGGCGCUAGGACCCGGCGGCGCGGCCUCGGCAGGGACUGGGUGCUCCGAGAGCCAAAGGGCGCCACUGCGCCCGGUCGCUUCCACCUAGUGCAGGUGAGGGCGCAGCGCAGUGCAAGGGGAGCCGAGGGGCCGAGGCGGCCACCACAACUAGGGCGCCUCGGAGCGCCCAGGGCUGGUGCGGGCGGAGCCGCCCGCCCGGCCGCGUGUGUCCCAAGCCUCGGCCCCGCCCCGCGCCGUCCAAUGAGAGCCCGCGGCGGGAGGGGCUGUCCGCACACUCAGUCCGUAGCCCCACUCAGCGCCGCCGACCCCCUGACACCGCAUCCCAGCCCGGACAGCGCGCCCCAGACCCCGAGCUCUGCGCGCCGCCGUCGGCUUCCGGACACAGCUCCCUGCGCCCCUUUCUGGGACUUGACGCCCGCGCUCCUGCACUGUAGGUGCCCCUAGGUCUCCAGCCGCCGGCGAGCCCUAUGGCGCCCCAGGGGGGUGAAGUAGUAGCGGCCUGAGUACCCUCAGCCGGUGCCCCGUCCACGCCCUUUCGGGCCGCGCGGCGGGAGUCUUCGGGGAGCUAUGCUGAGGCCGGGUGGUGCGGAGAAAGCCGCGCAGCUGCCCCCUCGGCGCGCCCGCGCCCCAGUCCCCGCGCCCAGACCCACGGCCCCCGACGGCUCUCGGGCUUCCGCCCGCCUAAGUCUUGCUUGCCUUCUGUUGCUGCUGUUGCUGCUGACGCUGCCGGCCCGCGUAGACACGUCCUGGUGGUACAUCGGGGCACUGGGGGCUCGAGUGAUCUGUGACAAUAUUCCUGGUCUGGUGAGCCGGCAGCGGCAACUGUGCCAGCGUUACCCAGACAUCAUGCGCUCGGUGGGCGAGGGUGCCCGAGAGUGGAUCCGAGAGUGUCAGCACCAGUUCCGCCACCAUCGCUGGAACUGCACCACCCUGGACCGGGACCACACUGUCUUUGGCCGUGUCAUGCUCAGAAGUAGCCGGGAAGCAGCAUUUGUAUACGCCAUCUCAUCAGCAGGGGUGGUCCAUGCUAUCACUCGUGCCUGUAGCCAGGGUGAACUGAGUGUGUGCAGCUGUGAUCCUUAUACCCGUGGUCGACACCAUGACCAACGUGGGGACUUUGACUGGGGUGGCUGCAGUGACAAUAUCCACUAUGGAGUUCGCUUUGCCAAGGCUUUUGUGGAUGCCAAGGAGAAGAGGCUUAAGGAUGCCAGAGCUCUCAUGAACUUACAUAACAACCGCUGUGGUCGCACGGCUGUGCGGCGCUUUCUGAAGCUGGAGUGUAAGUGCCAUGGCGUGAGUGGCUCCUGUACUCUGCGCACCUGCUGGCGUGCGCUCUCAGACUUCCGCCGCACAGGUGAUUACCUGCGGCGGCGCUAUGAUGGGGCUGUGCAGGUGACAGCUACCCAAGAUGGUGCCAACUUCACAGCAGCCCGCCAAGGCUAUCGCCGUGCCACCCGGACUGACCUUGUCUACUUUGACAACUCCCCAGACUACUGUGUCUUGGACAAGGCUGCAGGUUCCCUAGGCACUGCAGGCCGUGUCUGCAGCAAGACAUCCAAAGGGACAGACGGUUGUGAAAUCAUGUGUUGUGGCCGAGGGUAUGACACAACUCGAGUUACCCGUGUCACCCAGUGUGAGUGCAAAUUCCACUGGUGCUGUGCUGUGCGGUGCAAGGAGUGCAGAAACACUGUGGACGUCCAUACUUGCAAAGCCCCUAAGAAGGCAGAGUGGCUGGAUCAGACCUGAACGUAUAAAUACCUCACUCAUCCCUAUACUUCAAACCUCCUGACUCAAAAGCACAAGAUCUUCGCAUGCACACCUUACUCCACCUUCAACCUCGGGCUGCUACAGCUUUUAUUUAAGGACUUUGAGAGUACUCCAGAGGGACUCCGGUGUCCUAGCUGGUUCCUUGGCCCUGGGAAGAAGUUGACAGGGGAUGUAAAAGACCGAGCAGCUCCCCGACUCCCCACUCUGGAGGUUAGCAGGGAGAGUGGAAGAAGUAGGGAUCUUCAGAGUGAUUGAGUUGCACUAAAGCACAUGGUCAAGGCUUAUUUUUUCUUUCCCUUGCACUGGCUUCCUGACACUUCUUUUUUGUGCAAGAGAAAGGGUACCUGGAGAAAACUUUUUUUUCCUACCUGGCUAAGGGUAGAUGGGACAGAGAUGAAACCACUAUCUCUUCCCUGGGUCAGUCUGAGCUAACUGCCUGGGACCCCAAAAGAAACUCUUAGGCUGCAACAUUCUUCCCAUAUUAAGAGCCUGGGAUUGCUAGGUAAGAGUUAGCGAUAGUGGACAAGGUUCCAGUCACAUGCUCAUUCAUAUGUUUAUAAACUGCUGUGUUUUGUAGGAGAAAAAAAUUAUAUAACUAUACAAAUAUACAUUUUCUCCCAAUCUCUCCUUUUCAAUCUACAUCAGCCAGCACUGCCUCUUUUGCUCACUUGCUGCCUGUUCAGAGUGAGUGGCAUGAAGUGUCAUGCUAUACCUAACAGAUCUUUAGAAUAUUCUUGAAUACUCCUAAGAAAGAGUAACUUAGUAGGUCUUUUCUACUUUUAAAACUCUCCAUGCAUUAUUCUGGUGGUCAGACAGGUUUGGGAAACACUAAGUAAAAGAUAUGUAACUCAUAGAGGGUGGGAGAGGGUAAUAAGCCUGAUUUCAAGGGCCCAUAUGAGGCAUCAGUGUAUACUAGGCAGGUAGAAAUCUCUGGCUUUGGCAAUUUUAGGAGAGGAUGCUAGCCUUUGAAUCUGGGAGAAGAAGCCAGUGCUUUCAAAGGGAAGGAGAAAGAGGGCUUGAGGCCAAAGUGGUAAACAGCUUAGAAAGCAGCCUUUCCUCAUUUAUUCAACAGUCUUUAUUUAGUGACUCUCCAAGUCCUGGUGAUUAUUAUCCUUCACUCCAUGUUUGGCUUAAAUAGGGUAGUUCUGCUUUGCUACUGCCCAUUGCCUAACUCAGCUUGCAGUAGUAGAGUCUGCAGAGAUAGCAGGCUUAAUAAGCUAGAGGAAGGUCACAGAGUCCCCAAAACCAUCAUGCUCUAUUUCGAUGUGACUAGACAGUGGUUAUUUCUUGCCUAUUGAUAUUUUAAAGGAGGAGAAUGGUAUAGAUCUUUGCAGCUAGACCUGGGUUGAAAUCUCAGCUGUGAUAGUUACUGUUCUUGAUAUUUUGAGGAAGUUACCCAAAAUCUCUGGGCCUCUAUCUUCUAAUCUCUAAAAGGAGGAUAUGAACAUAUCUAAGAUACAGAGUUUUAAUUAUGCCCAAACUCUAGCCAGUAGACCCUCUUACCAAAGGUCCAACUGGUCUAGCCCAUCCUGACUUCUCUCAGAAUCUCCAACUCAGGUAAGGUAUUGACAGCAGGCUGUAGAUUAAAAAGCCUACAUAAGGAAUUUUGAAUACAGCACACACACACCCCCACCCGCCUUUCCUGAGUUCCUCUCCAGCACCCCUUGGGGGUCCUCAUGUGUUUGUGGAGCGGCUUUACUCUGCAAAGGCAGCAAAAGGAUGGUGGAGCCAUAGCUCUGGGCCAUAGGGGCAGAUUUAUUUGGAUGAUAGGACUAAUAUUUGUGUAACCUGCUGAGACCUAUGUGGGAGAGUUUAGGGUGGUUUUUCUUUUGGUGAGGGGGUUUGCUCUGGUUUCACAUCCAUUAACACAAAACAUGAGCUAGUCAGGGCCCUUGUGGUCUGCGGUGAGGGGAUUCCUGUGGAGAAAUGGGACUGAGUGAGUCAGGCCAGGGGAAUGUCUUCCUUGCAAAGUGGAGUCAACUAGAUAACUGAUGAGCCAAUGGUGGGAUUAGGGAGGGGGAAAUUGGAGGGGAAAAGAAGAGUUUCUCACAUCUUGAGCUGGGAUUAAGAGAAGGAAAGCUCUAGGGUAGUGGGAAGGCAAGGGGGUUAUAGUCAGUCUGAACUUAAGAACAGAGUUGAAUGAAUUACAAAAG